GCGAUGUAAAUAUGUGGAUGAGGCAGAAGUUGCUACCUCCGUUUUAUUGAUCUGCCCGACUGUUAAAUGAAGCUUACGGAUGUUUAACGCGAACUGUUGAAACGGCACCAAUGCCGAAGCUUUUGUGGAUUUAUUUGGUGUAAAAUAGCCCUAUUAUUACAAUGACAGUCUUCCAUUUGGAUGAUUUUGUAGCGGGUUGGAUUGGAGGAGCAUCCGGUGUGAUCGUGGGACACCCGCUCGACACGGUCAAGACUCGUUUACAAGCUGGCAAGGGAUACAAGAAUACUUUGCACUGUGUUGUAACGAUCUACAAAAAGGAAAACGUUACAGGCUUUUUCAAAGGACUGUCCUUUCCGCUGGCCAGCAUCACCGUGUAUAACUCUAUGGUGUUCGGCUUCUUCAGCAACACGCAGCGCCUCAUUAGCAGAUACCGUUACGGUGACGGCAGACACCCGUGCAGCAUGCUUGACCUGACCGUGGCGAGCAUGCUGACCGGUCUGGUUUCAGUGGGGCUGGGCGCCCCCGUUGACCUCGUCAAAAUUAGACUGCAGAUGCAAACCCAGCCUGUUCUUGCAGAGAACUUUAGCCUCGCUGGGAAUGGGAGUGUCCCUCUGCGGUCGAUGGGAAUUCAGUCCCAGUCAUUGUACAGGGGGCCGCUGCACUGCAUUAGCACCGUGCUGCAGAACGAGGGCGUUCAGGGGCUCUACAGAGGCGCGGGAGCCAUGAUAUUGAGGGAUGUGCCUGGUUACACGCUGUACUUCAUACCAUACACGUUAUUCUGUAACUGGCUGAAUCCCGACGGCAACGCCUCGCCCCAUCCCUGCUGCAUAUGGCUUGCAGGAGGUUUAGCAGGAUCCAUCUCGUGGGUCACCGCCACGCCAGCGGACGUGGUGAAAAGCCGGUUGCAGGCGGAUGCCGUGCAGCACAGGAAAUACAAGGGCAUCCUGCACUGCGUCGUGCAAAGCUACAAGACGGAGGGAAUGCACGUGUUCUUUCGUGGAGCGACUGUCAACGCCAUCAGAGGAUUUCCGAUGUGUGCAACCAUGUUUCUCGGUUACGAGCUUUCCCUCCAGUUUUUCCGCAGCUUCUAAACCAGACUCACUCUGCCCCCGAGAAAUUAUUUUAGGGUUUUUAACACCGUGUAGAUACUUGCAUGCGAGUUCAUUGUUGACGCAAUGAAGAGUAUCAGUGGUUUUUCUUAUAUUAAGAAAACGGUACUUAUUUUAAAAAAUAUAUAUUUUUUGCUCAGAUAUUUUAAUAUAUGUUUAUGCAUCACCUGCAUGAAAACGAUACACUAAUUUCUAUUUUUCUCACACACAAGUAUAUGUUAUAAGCGUGUGCAAUUGGUCGCAUUUAUGCAUUAUCACCUAACAAACCAAUAGCCUGUAUUUGAAUGGCUUUUUUUAUCUACUUUUAAAUACAUUCAGUCAGUGCAAUGUGCCUUUAAAAUGAUUAUAUGCUAAAGAAACAUUAUUUUCAAAUAUGUAAAUAAAUCGAGCGCUAUACUGAAGUGUC